AUGUCUUCCAAGUCAAGUCAACUACCAAUUCAUAAGUGCAUGCCAUUGAAGAAAAAGCACAGGGCAUCUAGACGUAAGAAGUUUGAAGAGGAGGCAGAAGAGGAUAAAGUGGUUGCGAAUAGAGUUUAUCAUAAGGUUGGUGGCUCUGGUGGCGGAGAAGAGGAUAAUGAAGCCAAAGAGUUGGAGCAGAGAAGAGCCCGUCUUAUUGAGGAGAAUAGGGCAGCAGAAAAGGAAGAAAAAGGGAAACAAAGAAAUAUGGGACAUUAUUUUGAGGAAGAUUAG